AUGCUUCGACAAUCUGAUAUUUAUGCUGGAGAACACAGUAUACAAGUAAUGAAAACUGCAAAGUACACAAUUUUUGACCAGUUACUGAGACAAAGCCCUACUCAUGACGAAAGCUACUCACCACCAAAGCCACUCACUACGAAGCUACUAGUUGGAGAUUGGCGACCUUCAACCCGGCCAAGUUGGCGACCUUCAACCCGGCCAAGUUGUCGACCUUCAACCCAGCCAAGUUGUCGACCUUCAACCCUGCCAAGUUGGCGACCUUCAACCCUGCCAAGUUGGCGACCUUCAACCCUGCCAAGUUGGCGACCUUCAACCCUGCCAAGUUGGCGACCUUCAACCCUGCCAAGUUGGCGACCUUCAACCCUGCCAAGUUGGCGACCCUCAACCCGGCCAAGUUGUCGACCCUCAACCCGGCCAAGUUGUCGACCUUCAACCCUGCCAAGUUGUCGAUCUUCAACCUGGCCAAGUUGUCGACCUUCAACCCUGCCAAGUUGUCGACCUUCAACCCUGCCAAGUUGUCGACCUUCAACCCUGUCAAGUUGUCAAUCUUCAACCCUGCCAAGUAGGCGACCUUCAACCCUGCCAAGUUGGCGACCUUCAACCCUGCCAAGUUGUCGACCUUCAACCCUGCCAAGUUGGCGACCUUCAACCCUGCCAAGUUGGCGACCUUCAACCCUGCCAAGUUGGCGACCUUCAACCCUGCCAAGUUGGCAACCUUCAACCCUGCCAAGUUGGCGACCUUCAACCCUGCCAAGUUGGCGACCUUCAACCCUGCCAACCAGAUUUGAAAAAGACGACAAACUAGCCAGAUUUGAAAAAGAUGACAAACUAGCCAGAUUUGAAAAAGAUGACAAACUAGCCAGAUUUGAAAAAAACGACAAACUAGCCAGAUUUGGAAAAAACGACAAACUAGCCAGAUUUGAAAAAGAUGAUAAACUAGCCAGAUUUGAAAAAGAUGACAAACUAGCCAGAUUUGAAAAAGAUGACAAACUAGCCAGAUUUGAAAAAGAUGACAAACUAGCCAGAUUUGAAAAAGAUGACAAACUAGCCAGAUUUGAAAAAGAUGACAAACUAGCCAGAUUUGAAAAAGACGACAAACUAGCCAGAUUUGAAAAAGAUGACAAACUAGCCAGAUUUGAAAAAGAUGACAAACUAGCCAGAUUUGAAAAAGACGACAAACUAGCCAGAUUUGAAAAAGAUGACAAACUUGUCACCUUUUUAUUUAUACGCAUAACAUAUCAGUAUGAAUGUGUUCAUUCUGUUCCCUUGUUUCUACAUCUAAAAAAUGUUAUUUAA